AUGGAGUCUGACGGCGAAUCGGCUACGCCGUCGUCAGCGUCAGGAACGGCCGGCCUUGCCACCACAGACACAUCCGAAACGCCACGCACAAAGAUUUGCGUCUACUGCGGCUCGUCGUCCGGCAAGAACCCCGUAUAUAUGGAGGCAGCCCGGGAGCUCGCCCGCGUGAUGCACGAAAACGACAUUGGUCUCGUCUACGGUGGCGGCACUGUCGGCCUGAUGGGUGAGCUGGCCAAGACGCUCGUGUCUCUUUCCGGCCCCCAGUCCGUGCAUGGCAUCAUCCCCGAAGCUCUCGUGCGCUACGAACGGGACCCCAAGUAUACGUCGACGACGACGGCCAGCACAAGUGGCGGUACUGACGGCACCGACGACAGCAGCAGCUCGCAUAUUAUCAACGAAGAGGGUCUGGCAGUGCCUGCUGAAGAGCUGUACGGCAAGACGACGGUAGUGCGUGACAUGCACACGCGCAAGCGCAUGAUGGCACAGGAGGUUAUCCGGGGAGGACCGGGCAGCGGCUUCCUCGCGCUGAGCGGCGGCUAUGGCACCUUCGAGGAGCUGCUGGAGACGUGCACAUGGAAUCAGCUGGGCAUUCAUGAUCGCGGCGUGUGUGUGCUGAACGUGAACGGCUUCUACAAUGGCCUGUUCUCCUUGAUCGGCAAGAGUGUCGAGGACGGCUUCAUCGCUCCCGGUGCCGCCAACAUUAUCGUCCAGGGCAAGACUGCCGAAGAUGCGGUCCAGGCGCUGCGCGAAUACAAGGUAGAGCCAGCCGUGCUGAAGCUGGCUUGGGGGAAAGAGUGA